GCCUGAGCUCACUAUCAGUUUCACCGAGCCUGCGGUGUUCAUACCUACAUACACACAUAAACCCGCUGUCCUGAGGGGUUCUUGUGAGCUGAAGGUGAAGGAGACAUUAAUGGUGAAGAGAUUAACAGUCAAUUUUCACGGGGUUUCUCAUGUACACUGGCCACAUGGUAAGAAAACCCAAGAUGCAGUUGAAGGAACCGCUCUACGACAAAGACGCCAGAGAAUAGUCUAACAGAACGUAGGUCUUCACGAUUCGAAGACCAUCACAGAUCGUACCCUGACGGUGUUCGGUCCGGAUAUCUCAGGGACCGGAUCCCAACACCACGCCGAUCAGGAAAAUCUAGGAAUGUUGGAAACGGGUAGUACGGAAUGCAAUACAUCGCGCCAAAAAUGCGGAUUGUGGGGCACCAUCACCAACAAGUUAUGUUCGAGAUGCAAAAGUACCGCCGCGCCAGAUUAUCAGCUAUUGUCUCCGGGUACCUAUACAUAUAAUUUCGAAAUGAUACUGCCCCCUCAGUUGCCGGAAUCUGUUAAUGUACGACGAAGCCAUGUUCGAUACAAUGUCCGAGCAUGUCUAGAAUUCCCAGGCCAUUUCAGGCAUAACAUCGUCCAGAACAUGCCGAUCGCUGCUAUCCACUGUCCGGCAGAGGAUUUCGUGGAGGAUGCAGAGCCGGUUUACAUUGCUCGGGCCUGGAAGCGUUUGCUUCGAUGCGACAUCCUCAUGUCAAGAAGAGGCGCUCCUCUCUGUCAUAUAUUACCUGUGAGCGUGUCUUUUGCCGAGUUGGCUAAUUCGAGGUUCCAUGGGUUGCAAAUCUAUAUUUCAGAGAACGUUCAGUUCCUCCGAAAAGAUGGUCUGGUUUCCUGCCUAGGGCCUUUCAAGAGGAGACUCUUAUAUGAAGCGGCCGAAGAUUUUGUACCCACUUUGCCGCCCUAUAGGUUUGGUGAAGAUGAUGACCACCUUUCAGAAAAGAGCAGCUUUGGUGUACAAGAGAGUGUGGUGCUUUCGGAGUGCGAGGACAAACCCGCGACGUCCGAGGGCAUGACGCUGAAUAUCGACUUGACAUUACCCACUUGCCAGGACCAUUCUGAAGAUAACUGGAUGCACUUUAGCACUGAGUAUAAGAGCGCAAGAGUGUACCAUUGGCUUGAUUUUGUGUUUUCCAUGUCUAAACAUGGCGCACCGCCGGUCGUGCAGAAGAUCGCCAGGGUUCCACUGUCGCUGCGAUCCUGUUAUGCACAACACGCCAACGCGUCCCUGCCAGCUUACUCACAAACAUGUGAAAUAAAGCCGUUUAACACAGCUCCCGCCGAGGGAUCUUUUGACCAAGAAUCUUUUGAUCAGGACCAGCACUGGUGGUCGGCGGACGACCACAGAUAUUCUGUUUCUUGACGGGUUCGGGUUCCCGAAGACUGACAUUUAAUAAAUAAGCUUUCACUUGGCUUCCAUUGCGACCAAUGAUAGUGACUAGUUCGGGUUUGAAAAACUUGACGUCGACAAGUACUCAUGCAACCCGACAUUUGGACGACGAGCCAAAAAUUUUUCACGCAUGUUGUCUCCAUCGGUGGGGACGACUCGUGACUGUGGUGGAAUUAAAGUGUUCUGUGAACGGGUAUUACAUCAUUGCCAUCCCACCGCGAUGGUUAGCAGGUCCACUCCUACCUUUGAUUCUACUCUCUAUGGUGCUUCCAAGUGGCCCUUCAUGACUU